AUCCCAAAUCUCUCUCUCAGUUGGUUUCUGAGUUCCUUGGAUUUCUGGUAAUGGCUUCCGGUCAAUCCCUCGUCCCAACUAUCCUCCUCCUCCUCCUCUGCAUUGUCUCCACUGCUGUUGCCAACUCGAUCAUCCAAGUUGUCUCCGGCGAUCGCAAAAUCCAGAUAGACGACAAUCUCUACUGCGACAGCUGGAGGCUCUCCAUCGAGACCAACAACUACGGGGUCUGGUCCACCGUUCCCGAGAGGUGCGAGAGCUUCGUGCAGGACUACAUGACCGGCUACCGCUACCAAUCCGACUUAGAGUUCGUGGCCUCGGUCUCGCUCACCUUCGCGAAGACAGUGGAGCUCGCCGGGGACGGGAAGGACGUGUGGGUGUUCGACAUCGAUGAGACCCUGCUCUCGAACCUGCCGUACUACGCGACGAUCGGGUUCGGAACAGAGACCUAUAACGAGACAUCUUGGGACGAAUGGGUGGCUUCGGGAGAGGCACCAGCUUUAGUACCAAGUUUGAAAUUGUACGAAGAGCUCCAACAGCUGGGGUUUACGAUAGUUCUGUUAACUGGACGGGAUGAAUAUCAGAGGAAUGUGACAGUGAAGAAUCUUUUAGCUGCUGGCUACACCGACUGGGAAACGCUUUUCUUGAGGGCAACUUCAGAUGAGGGGAAAAAGGCAAUCGUAUAUAAAUCUGAAAAGAGAGCGGAGCUGAUAAGUGAAGGUUAUAGGAUUCAUGGAAACUCCGGGGACCAGUGGAGUGACUUGUUGGGCUAUGCCGUGGCUAAUCGGUCCUUUAAAAUUCCAGAUCCCUUGUAUUAUAUCUCUUAAUAAACAUCAAAACAAUGAUGUUUGUUAUGAUAAUGCGUGGCUAAUUAGGGAUAAAGCAUGCCUAGGCCUCCCGCCUACUCAUGUUGUUAUUUAUGUUACUAAGUUGUCUAUUUUAGUCCAUGUUUUAUUCGAAUAAUGCAAUGUAAAGGAUGAAGGGAAUAAUAGGUGUCUGUUCUCCUAUGUCUCUUUAACUCCUGAGUUGAGUUGUACUGCAACUUAUCCCUUAGAUAUAGGAAGGUUAGUAUGGAGUUUAUCUCCAAGUUUAUGUCUUUGUAAUUUUUCUAUUUGAAGUCAAGUCUAUGAAUAAAAGGCAUGUGGAAUUUUUAUC